AGUGUAACAGUGUGAUGUCUUUAAAAUAAGGUGAUCGAAUGACCGACGAAAACAAUGCCUCUGACUAACUGUCUCGUCAUAUUCUUCUAAUGAAAGUCUGGGAAUUCCAAGAAGAUAGAACGAAAAGAAUAUAUACAACGUAUAAUCCAGCCCUGAUCAUGGAGUACAGAACGUACUAUGGGGACAGCACCAACACAGCACUUUCUGUCGUGUUCAUUCUCUUGAUAGUCUUAGUGAACGGAGCGCUCGUGGCUCUACACGCCAGAAGGAAAGGCUUCUAUAAGAACAACAAGUCUAUGAUAACAAUCUCCAUGGCAAUAGGAAAUCUUGUUUUGGCCAUGUUCCCUUUGAUUGUCCUGGCCAAAUUCUACAACGAGGAUGAUUACCUCCCUUCCACUUCGCUGCAACUCAGAGUCGCUACCUACAUUGUGAUGCUCCACUUCAUAAAUGUUCAUUGUCUGACUCUUCUAGGAGCAGACGCUUUAAUAAAGAAAGCUGUGCCUGAAGCGUUUAACAAACUGGCAUUAGCGUUGCUGACGUGUAGUUUACCUUGGAUCUUCAGCAUUUGCCUCGUUUUGCCUCUAUAUAUAGAUACGGAUUUAUUAUUGAGCCGUUUUAUACUUUUAUUGGUCUUGUUUCCUUUUUUCACACUAACCUCAUUAAUUAGUAAUAUAGUUUCUGUUAUCAUGACAAAGAGAAUGUUAGGGUAUCGGCAAGGUGUUAUAAUCAAUCUAAAUCAACCAGUUCUAUUUACGAAUAUAAACCAAGUGGGACAGUUACAAUACCUUAACCAGCAGCCACUCAACGGUUCUCAAUGGAAUGUAUCAAGUUACCCAAAUCUCAGUAAUGUAGGUUUGGCUGAAAGUUCAACGAACGUUAACAGACGUGAUGAUAUACUUACAUCGCAGCAGACGUCAAAUCAACAUGAACACUGGACUUCCACGUCCAUGGAGCCUGCAACUCAGGCAUCACAAGUCAGUCACGCUAACCAACAGCCAAUGAACACAUGGGCGCUUCCCGAUAUUUCAAACUCUACCACAGUGGCGCCUGGAAUUGUAACUUCUCAAGGUCAUUACCAGCAACCAAAUCCUCCCACUGUCGCCCCUAGCUCCGACAAUGUUGAGGGUUCAGCGCCUAAUUUAAGACACGAAAUAAUACAACUGGUGUCCAGCAUUUUGCAUCUCCUAAUGGUCAUGCCAUCUUUAUUCAUUACUAGCUACGAGAACGCUUUUUUUGACUGUGAUAAUGAGAUUUGUCAAGCUAUCAUGUGGCUGCAAUUCGCCAGUUCGAUACUUAUUCCUAUCAUAUUGCUACCGACAACGUAUUUUGAGAAUAGGAGACUCAAAGCGUUUUUUUUCUAAAGUCAGCGUUUCAAUUCCAAGAUUUAUCCAUAGACUUUUGGGAACUGAAAACUAAACAUAGACAAAUGAAAGCCAAACAUUGACAAAUGAAAGCCCAAACUAGACAAAUGAAAGCCCAAACUAGACAAAUGAAAGCCAAACAUAGACAAAUGAAAGCCAAACAUUGACCAAUAAAGACCAAACUUAGACAAAUGAAAGCCAAACUUAGACAACGGCUUUAUUGAAUGUUGUAUAGAGUUACUUUGUGUAAUCAUUAUUGCCGUUGUCAUAAGUAACGUGACCUACAUAUUUAAGAAUGAACUAGGUUCGCAUGACUAAACCUAAAGGCGAGAGGUCAGAAAAUAAAAUGGGAUGGGCGAGGGUGAAUUAAGAGAA